CACUCACAGUCACCACCAUCCAACUAUCAACCAAUCCAACUCAACCUCAAUACACAUCUUCAUCAUGGCGGGAGGAAUGGAUCGAGCCAAAUCAGAAACGGCCAAAAUAUCAGAAGAAGAAAGAGAAUCGAAAUUCGGAUCAGUUUAUUCAGUAUCAGGACCGGUAGUAGUAGCAGAAAAGAUGGAAGGAGCAGCCAUGUAUGAAUUAGUUAGAGUAGGUCAUGAUGAAUUGGUAGGAGAGAUCAUUAGGAUUGAUGGGGAUCGAGCUACAAUUCAAGUUUAUGAAGAAACUAGUGGGAUGACCAUUGGAGAUCCGGUGCUUAGAACUGGAAAACCUUUGUCGGUUGAACUUGGGCCUGGUUUGAUGUCGAAUAUCUAUGAUGGAAUCCAACGUCCAUUAAAAUCAAUAGCAGAACUUUCCAAUUCGAUUUACAUUCCAAGAGGUAUCAACACCCAAGCCUUAGAUCGAGUUCGUGAAUGGGAUUUCACUCCUACUUCAUACAAAAUAGGUGAUCAUCUUAGUGGUGGUGAUAUCUAUGGUACAGUUUAUGAAAACUCUUUAGUUUCAGAACAUAAGAUCAUGUUACCUCCUAGAGCAAUGGGUACCAUCACUUAUCUUGCUGAAAAAGGUUCUUAUACGGUUGAUGAUGUCGUACUUGAAACUGAGUUUGAAGGGAAAAAGACCUCUCAUAAGUUGUACCAACUUUGGCCCGUUCGAGCACCUAGACCCGUAGCCGAGAAACUCACACCCGAUUUCCCUCUCUUAACCGGUCAACGUGUCCUUGACUCUUUAUUUCCAUGUGUGCAAGGUGGUACAACUGCUAUUCCUGGUGCUUUUGGGUGUGGUAAAACGGUGAUCUCUCAGGCCGUUUCUAAAUUCUCUAAUUCAGAUAUAAUUAUCUAUGUAGGAUGUGGUGAACGGGGAAAUGAAAUGGCUGAAGUCUUGAUGGAGUUUCCUGAGUUGAGUAUGGAAUUCAAUGGUAAAGAAGAACCCAUCAUGAAACGAACCACCUUGGUAGCAAACACAUCCAACAUGCCAGUAGCAGCUCGAGAAGCUUCAAUCUAUACCGGUAUCACCUUAUCAGAGUAUUACAGAGAUAUGGGGAUGAAUAUUGCCAUGAUGGCCGAUUCCACUUCUAGAUGGGCAGAAGCUUUGAGAGAGAUUUCAGGACGAUUGGCUGAGAUGCCAGCUGAUUCAGGGUACCCGGCUUAUCUGGGUACUAAACUGGCUUCGUUUUAUGAACGAGCUGGGAAAACUAAAUGUUUAGGUAACCCUGAGAGAUUGGGUACGGUUUCGAUUAUUGGAGCUGUUUCGCCACCUGGUGGAGAUUUUUCAGAUCCAGUUACUUCUCAAACUUUGAAUAUCGUACAAGUUUUUUGGGGAUUAGACAAGAAAUUGGCUCAAAGAAAACAUUUCCCAUCAGUCAAUUGGAAUGCAUCAUACUCAAAGUAUAUGUCAGUAUUACAACCAUGGUAUUCUAAAACCGAACCUGAUUUUAUAAACUAUAGAAGUAAAGCUAAAGAGAUCUUACAAAAAGAAGAUGAAUUAUCUGAGAUUGUUCAAUUGGUUGGAAAAAGUGCAUUAGGUGAAGGUGAUAAGGUGACAUUAGAUGUAGCUAGAUUGAUUAAAGAUGAUUAUUUACAACAGAAUGGGAUGAGUAGUUAUGAUAGGUAUUGUCCAUUUUAUAAAACGAAUGCGAUGUUAAAGAACUUGAUGACUUAUUACACCCAAGCACAAAAAGCAGUGGAAUCUAAUUCUACUAAUAGUAAGACUUUAACUUGGAAUAAAGUUAGGGAACUUACAAGUGAGGAAUGGUAUAGGUUAAGUCAAAUGAAAUUUGAAGAUCCUAAGGAUGGUGAAGAAACUUUGUUGAAAACUUUUAAUGGUUUACAUGAUGAUAUUAUUAAAAAGUUUCAAAGUUUGAGUGAGUAGGUUCCUUUUGGUAGGGGUUUUGAUGGUAUGAGGGUUUUCAUUGGGGAAAGUCAGAAAGGUUCUAAAUCUUUUUUUGAAACGAAAACAUCAUGUCAUCAUUUUGUUUUUAAAUUUCCUUGUUUUGAUUUUCUUCCAAAAAACCAAACCAAAUCAAAUUCCAAUGAAAAUCCUCUCUACGAAUAUACUUUUCAUCUUUUUUGUUAUGCAAGUUUAAAGAAUCUUCUUUACUACUACAACGUCCUUUUACUAAUCUCUCUCUCUCUAUCUAUCUCUAUCACUUUAGAAAAUUGUUAUUGUUCUUCUUUGUCUGCUUUGAAUGUUUCUUUAAAUUGUAAUUUUUUUUUCCAAUAAAAACAUUUUUUUGAUUUUUUCUU